CUAUUUCAGCUUCAGGAGAAAAAAUGACGCUUGAGUACGAAGUGACCGUCUUCACUGCAGACCCUAACCUUUCAUGGUCUUUGUACAAGUCACUCAACAUCACUCUGGAGGGCACCAGAGGGAAAAGUGAAGUCACAUCCUACCACAAAUUUAAUCUUUCUUUCUUUGGAAGCAAUGAGAUAAAAUUCCCAGUGAAGUGCUCCUCUGACCUCGGACACCUCGUGGGCAUAAAGCUAGAAGCAUACUGGAGCAUUCCUUUCCAAAGCCCAUGGUACCAUGUGAGGGUGGAAGCAGAAUCUCCCAUUGGAACUAUUUACAGGUUUCCCAUCCACCAGUCCAUCUUUGCUGACAAAGAGUACUUCUUCAGAGAGGGCAAAGCCAUGUUGCCACAAAAAGAGAAGAUAGAGGAACUUAUUAAACAUCGUCAGAAGGAGAUAAAGGACCAGCAGAAAAUCUAUCG